UGGCAGUUGCACUCAUAAUAUUAGCAGCCUAGCAGGUGAAAGGGAUGAGUUCACAGUGGGAGUGUUUUUAAGUUGACACACAUAGGAAAGGGAAAGAUAAAGUAGGGUGGUGGUGAGGCUUUCUCUCAGAACUAUGCUAUAGCAGUAAAAAUUGGUAUAAGGUGUUUUUUUCAAACCUCUGGUUUUCAAAAUAAAGACCCUCCAGAUGUUCAUUCUGGGAUCUUCUUGCAGUUCACAUUUGCUGGACUGGGAUCGGCAACAACAAGGGAAUUUCACAGAUUUGCCAAUCCGUUUCCUUUGCAACAUUCUCCCUCUGUUCCAGGCAUAACUUGAGGAAACUUCUCAAAAAAUGAGGGCACUAGUAAGAAGGAAGUUGAAAGGGAAAGUCAGGAGGGUCAAAUCACUCCAGAAAGCAUGAAAGUUAUUUAAAACCACGAUAAUAGAAGCUCAGUUGGAAUGUAUACCAAGAAGGAGGAAAGGUACCACCAAGUCCAGGAGGAUGCUAGCGUGUCUAACAAGUAGAGCCAGGGAAGCUACAAAAGGUCCACAUCCCUGAGGGUCCCAUCAUCCCAUUAUGAGAAGUUUCACAGCCUGAUGAACCCUAUGGCACCCCCAACCAUCUUGGUCCUGGCAUCCACACCAGAGGGCACCCAAGCCACCAAUAUCGCUUGCCAUCAACCUCGAGAUUUUGGUGUUUCAAUCACCACGGAGAAGCCAGACCAAGUGCCCUUCCUGGGAACAACGUGCUCACUCUUGUACCACCCUGUGGAGUGGCAGAUUUACCCUCCUCAACUGCUACCCCUCACACCCACCUUUAGUCAUGCCAGCCUAGAGCAGACUGGUGUGGGGUUAUUAAACUAUGGAGCUCUGCCUGCCUUUUCCCCAUUCCCACUGCCUGAGAACAUGGACUGUUUCCCAGGUAGUCUCCUGUCAGUCAAGGAAGCCAAGGACCACAGUGGAUCAGAGCCACCCCACCAGGGUCACUAUCUGCUACUGGGCACGGAGGCCCAAUAACCUCAUCUGGGACAGGAGCUGGGAGGCAUCCAGCCCCUCAGGGCAUCUUCAAGUUCGUGCCGUAAUACAUUCAAGUCAGGGGGAAAGGACUUUAUAUUUCUUUCUAGGGGGAAAGGAAACAGAGACAGUCUCAUCACUUCUUUGUCCCGCGUGUCAGCAGGAACUGCAGGGUGCAGAACUUGGGGAGCACCUGCAGUAUGAGAUUGGAAGACUGCGCCACCUUUUGGACAGAGAAAUGACAAGUGCUGCAGAAGCAAGUCAGAGCUCAGCUGAGUGUUCUGCAGUUGUCCCCGAGUCUCCCAGUAUCUCACUGUCCCAGGCUUCCAAGGAUGAACACAAAGUGGAAGAGAGGCAGCAGACCUUUUUACACGUGAAAGUGAACCGGGAGGCCCGAAUAGGAGAUCUCGAUGGAAGUCACAUGAGAGGGGACUUUGGACUUUCCCAACAAGACUUCAGAGGGGAUCUUCAUUCUGUCUCUGUCUAUGACCUUGAAGCACUUAUCCUCAUGGAAGAUAAUGAGACACUAGAGGAUCUGAGCAGAAACAGCAGUGUAAAGAGAACCAGGGGAGAAAUCAACCCAUCAGGCCUCUCCUUGGAAAUGCUCAAAGCUCAGAUCCAGGACUUGAGACACCAGCUGGUGCACAGGGGCUCUUCUAAAUGCCACAUCUGCUGGGAAUCCUACUCAGUGCCUUUGACUUCAAUACAGUGUUGGCACAUCCACUGUGAACAAUGCUGGCUUCGUACCUUGGUAACCUUCCUGGUUCUGUCUCUCAUCACGGGUUCCUUCUGUCUAUUCCAUAUCUGUGCUGUAAUUUCUUACUGAGUAUGGGGAGUGACAUGGAUCUGAACUCGAGUCCUUGAGAACACGACUCCCCUUUUUAUCCAGGCACUGCCAGUAUGACUGGUAAAUCGGGAUUAGAAUGGGAAUUAGUUACUCCAGCUGUACCACUGGUUGUUUUCCCUCUCAAUCCAACAGCAUUUUUUUUAAAAAAUUACUUUUUGUGUGUGCUUUAUUUGCUUUGAACCUCAGUUCAUUGAUGUAAUGGCUUGGGUCCCCAGUUCUUGGACUAGCACUUCCAUCAUCCACAGCCACAAGUUGGAGAACCCCGCCCCAGGCCGUUACAGAUGAGUCAAACUGUACAGGCUUUCACAGCUGUUUGCAUUCUUCUACAACGUGCACAGAAACCUGUGCAGUAUAUCAGCCACAGGAAAAAGCAUAAAUAGUAGGAGUACAAUCUAUUACUUCUGUUAGAUCUGCUUAGAAAAAUUGGCAUGUAUCUUGGAUAAAGCCAUCAGAAAAGUAGCAACUCUUUUCAUUAUCCUAGGAUCCUUAGUCAUUUCAGAACUGAUGGUAGUUUAUUUUAUUCACUUCAUUUCAUUUUUAUACCACCCAUUCCAGAACAGCUCAGGGCAGUUUACAUCAAAAAUUCAACUCAUCUAAAAUUCAACAUAAAACACAAAAUAAAAAGCAGUUAAUAAAAAUAAAAUAAGCAAAAUAACAAAAUAAAAAGCAGUUAAAAUAUUGACAUAAAAGUCUAUAUUUGAGUUCAUUACUGUCUUUCAGGAGAGCCCUUAAAACCUAUCUGUUUGGCCUGGCCUUCCAGGGAUUUUUAACUACUGUAAACUGUUUUAAAUUGUUUUAAAUGGUUGCCCUGGUUUCCCAAGGUUUUAGCUGUUUGAAUGUUUAAUUGGUUUUAUUCUGUUUUUAUAGUUUUGAUUUUAAUUGUUAACUGGUUUUAAUUGUUUUAAUCGUGUUGUAAACCUCCCUGAGCCGUUUUGGAAGGGUGGCAUAUAAAUCGAAUAAAUAAAUAAAUAAUGAAUAAAACCCAUUUUUUAAAAAAACAAUUAAAUAAUAUUAAAAGCCAGUCUGAAAAAAUGGGUCUCUACGGCUCCUUUGAAAGCUUCAUAGCUACAGGAAGCGCAUUCCACAACCUGAGAAAGCCCAAUCUCAGGUUGCCCUCAGAGGAAUUGGUGGCACCCAAAGACAGACUUCAACUGGAGAUCUUAAUGAGUGGUGGGGAUCUUGCAGAGAAAGAUGUUCUCUCAGAUAACUCAAGCAUGAGCCAUUCAGGGCUUUAAAGGGGAUAACCAGCACUUCAUAUUUUGCCUGGGACUUUUACACACAGCAGGCUUUACCGCAAAAUUUAUGACACAUAUAGUGGAAUUUUUACCCCGGAUAUAAAUUGGGUUACAGUCGUAAUGCACAGUGAAACACCUGAAUUGUGUGUGAACUGCUCCCCGAUAACUUGCAGAGACUUCGAGGUAAAUCUAAUAUGUGAAUGCACCCCCUCCAUUCUACAGGAAAUGUAAGUUAAAGGGCUUUAAAAGCCCCGUGUGAAAAACUUCCUGGAAACAUACUGGCAGCCAGUGAACAGGCAUGGUGUGGUCUCUCCAAGUUACCACAGAGACAAAUCUGGCUGCUGUAUUUUGACUAACUGAAGUUUCCGAACUAUGUACAAAGCCUACAUAGAGUGCAUUUGCAGUAGUCCAGCCUGGAAAUUGCUAGCUGAUACACCACUAUUUUGAGGCCAUUGUCUUUGAGACUGACAUGAAUUCAAAGAACUUUGUUCUGAGUGCUGUCCUCUUCCUUGAAUCAUCCUUCCUGUAUGAAUAUUUUACCACUGACAACUUAAUCUGGAGUGAUAGAGGCACAAGUGUGAAGUAAUCAGGGGCUCUCAAGAUUUUCACUGGAGCAGUGAAAGCAGUUUCAUACACACACACACACACACACACCUCCAAUGGUUGUUGCUUGAAGUUUUUGCUGAGAGGUCAGCUGCUGUUAACACCCUGCCUCCAACCCCACACACCUUAAUCUCCAUAGCAAACCUGUGCAGAAAGUUAGGCAAAGGGAGAAUGACUGGCCCAAAGUCACCCAGUGAGUUUCAGGACUGAGCAGAGAUGUUAACACAGGUCUUUGCAAUCCAAGUCCAACGCUCCGAUCAGUACACCACACUGCCUCUCAUCCUUCUACUUUAGAAGUCAGUUAAGCGGCUCUUUCCCCAAACAUUGCAAAUUAAAGAUAUGGGAGGGCCUCGUGCACAGAGAUGUGUAAGCAGAGUGGCAGUCUGGUUUCCUGAAUUCGUUUGCUAAGUCUGAAGAAGGAUGAUUUGGGGAACAAUAGAAUAGGUCAAAAGUGUUUGAUUCAGGUCUGUCAGUCUACAUCCAUGGUAGAGCUUGAUCUUUUGCAUGAUUCUGACCUGGGAUUUGACAGUGCUAAAACAAAUUUGCUUCUAUAAGUUGUCCUCUGUGUGUUUGAUGUCAAAUAUCCCCUGGAUAUUCUCUGAAUUCUUGAAUAUUUGUUAAGAUGUGUCAAUUUAUUUGAUGUCUGAUAUUUAGUUUCAGCAUUUUUAAUAUUUUACUUCAGGAUCUGAAAUGCCAUUUAGUGGCUAACAAUCUUUCCCCCUCUUAAUUCUUAAGGACUAUUAACCACCAAAGGGGAUUAAAUAAACAGAGAGAUAUAAUGACUCCUAAAGUAUUCCCGCUCCCAAAUAUAAGUUUCAGAUUUACAUAUUGGUCUCACAGGUAUCAUACUCUUUUCAUGGACAACUAAUUCAUGCUAAUGUGCUUUACUUUCUGCUGAGAGACUUUGCCCUCAGUGUAAUGCCAUCAGCAGACCUCCGUCAUGUUUACCUGUGACUCUUGGAUAGGAUGAAGCCUUUGAUGUCCCUUCUCUUUGGUUAAUUCUGGCAACCACACCUAACCUGGACAUACAUUUCAAUUGGCUGCCUGUCUGCCUUUCUGUGCCUUACAAACUGGUGACAAUACCUGUUCUUUUAAGAAGUUAAAAUAUCUUCCUGCCCCAGGACAUUAAUGGAAACUGAUGCUGUUUCCAUAGACAGAUGUUUGGAGGUGAAGACGUCCCACCUGUCUGAACAUUCUCCAUGUCUGUCUUUUUGCUUUUUCUUUGUCAAUAAAAGCCUU